AUGUCGGUGCUUCAAAGACAUCGAAAAGUGAGUCUAAUUGAGGAGCAGCAGGAUAGUAGGAAUCCCAAUGGUGGAGGGGAAGUGAACGAACAAGAGGAGGAGGAAAGGGGGAUGGAGGACAACCCUCUAGUGGCCCUUGCACCUGAUGCUGCACUCCCAGAGGAGCAACCCUCUGCUAGUACUGACGUCACUGCUAGCCCUGCUUUCCAGUGCCUAGAUGAGAUGUUGUCAUCGGGCAAAACCAGCCAGACCAAAGUAGCCAAACUGAAAUCCAGCUACAGGCUCCUCCAUGACACUCUGAAGAGCACCCAGGAUUCUGAGAUCCACCUUUUGGGAGAGGCAAAGAGGUGCCGUGCUGAGCUGGAGAGGCUGCAGGCUGAGGUGGAGAGAACAGAGGAGGAGGGCUCCUCUGUAGAGCCUGAAAGUGAGGUCAAUGAACUGAGGCAACAACUCCUCCAGGCAUACAAUGAACUGAAAGCUUCUGAGGACAGAGAGUACAAGACACGGCACCAACUGAAAUGUCUCUGGGAAGAGAAGCAGUAUCUGGAGGAAGAGAAUGAGAUUCAGCCGAAACCUGCUGAGCUGGAGAGCAGAACAAAGGCCCUGCAGGACAAAUAUGAGGAUCUGAAGAAAGAUGUUUACCAGAGACAACUGGAAGUCAGAAGUCUGACAGAAGAUGUGGAAACCCAUGAAAUGCAGAUAUUGAAAGAACAGAAAGAGCUGGAAGACAAGACGGCGAGCAUAGAGCUCAAAGAGGCUGAGAAAGCCCAGCUGAUCAGCAUCCCUGACAAGGUUUUUAAGGAAAUUGAAAGGAAACGCUCUAGGAAGGAAUCUGUAAUGAAGACGAUAGAAGCACUAAAUACAGAGGAAUCACAAGUGGAGCAGCAAGUGAAGGAGGUGGACGAGCGAAACCGCUCUCUGAGGUUGAAGAAGAAGGAGUUGACCCGGGAGCUGGAGGGUCUCAGGGCCCAAGUCGAUGCCAGUCAGAAGGAGUGCAGACAGCUGCUGAAAGAGCAGGAGGUCAACAGAGAGGAUGAGGCUGAACUCAUGGGGAACAGAGGAAUCCUGGAAAUGAAGUUGCAGAGCGUCAUGUGCGACAGGAAGCACCUGUACGAGAACCACUCUGUGCGGCUCAAGGAGACAAAUAGGCAAUUGCAAGCCCUCAAGAGGAUGGAGCAGGCGUUGACCAUGGCCACUGAGCAGCUGGAGCACACGCGGUCUUUCUACAAGGACUUACAGGCACAGCUCGAUGCUGUUUCCAAAGAAGAGGCCAGUAUUCAGCAGAGGAUGGAGCUCCAGAAAGAUGUGGAUGCUCUCAGAGUCAGCUUUGAAAAGCAGCUAUCAGUAGCUGAGGAGGAGAGCCAGAAGAUGCAGCAGUAUGGUAUGAUUCAGGGGCUGCUGGGGGAGUCAAACUGCCUCCGACAAGAACUCCAUAACCUCAGAUGUCUGACCCAGAUCAAAGUGGAAGAGAGAGGCCAGAAGCACCGGGAACUGGUUCGAGCUAAGCAGCUGAACCAGCACAUCCAGCAGGAGCUGCGAGAAAAAGACCUCAUCAUCAUGGACCACGACAAGCUGAACACUAUGCUGCAGCGCAGAGUUCUACAGUACUGUAAGCUGGGCAACAUGAUCACGGAGGAGAAGAAUAAGUACGUCAACCUGAAGCAGAUCGCCUCACAGUCAAUCACAGAGCUGACGGAGCAGGUUAAAGUGCUGGAAAAUGAAACCGAGAUCCAGCGCACCAUUGUCAUCAACAAGGACCGAUCACUCACUAAGGCCCGUAUGAAGAUCUCUAAUAGCUCCAAAAUAAGGGACAAACUGCACAAUGACAUUUCCAAGCUUGCCUGGAAGCCCCGUCAGGUCAGUCAGGAGUAUGAAGACAACCAGCUGGAGUUGAUGAAACUCGCUCAAACGAUCAACCUCCAGGAGAAGGCACUUCUGGAAAUAAACAGGAAUCAUGAAACGGCCAUACAGCGCCGCAAUUUUCUUGGCAUCCAUCUCCUGGAGCACGACGAGCUGUUAUUCAACUACUAUGAAAAGUUGUAUGUCCAGGAGGCCGCCAUUACCAAGGGAAACAUGACACUGGAGACCCUGGAGAAGGAGAUGAGAGACUUACAGUUAGAGGUUCAUGAGGAGAGGAGACAGACAGACCUGAAGAAGAAGGAGGUGCCCCUCAAGAAACGGCUGGAGGGAGAGAUCACCACUCUGCAGAUCGAGUUGUCUGAAGCCAGGGACAAGACACUUAAGGGCGUGAACCGAACUGUUGAUUACAAAGUACUAAAAGGCAAAGACCUGUCGACUGGAGAACUGGUCAAGAAGCUCGAGCAGCUGGAGGUGAAUCUAGCAGAGAGCGAGAGGCGGAUGUUGGAAAAAGAACUCCUCGUGGACCAGGUGACCCGGCUCUCGAAGCCACUGAGCGAGCAGGCGGACAACUGCCAUCAGGACCGACUCUCGCUGGCAAAGCAGUUAAACGAGCUCCGAACUCACAUAAUCGACACCAACCACCGCAUGAUGGCCGUCUCUGCAGAACUCUCCAUGAAGCAAGCUGUUGCCUUGUCUCUCCAACAAGAGAUCAAAGAGAGAGCGCUCCAGAUGGACAGGUGCCAGCGGCAGCUGGAGCAGGGCCUGCCACCAUGCCCUGAGUUAGAGGAGGAGUGGAGGAGGAUGCUCCGAGACAAGAAGAGGAGACAGAAGGACAGAGAGGAGAGAGCGAGGCUUGCUGAAGAGGAGGAGUGGAACGAGCUGCCUAAUGGAGAAUACACCACGGCUGAAACUCGUCCGAAUGCAUACGUCCCCCAGACGGACGCGCUCCCUCUGCCCAAACCCUACGGAGCCCAGGCCCCCUUCAAACCCUCCCAGCCAGGAGCCAACAUAAGACACAUCCGCAAGCCGAAGCUCAAACCCUUAGAGAUAUAG